AUAAACAGAAAACACAAAAACAGCAUUACACGCGCUAAGAAACGGGUAAGAAUGAUUAAAGUCUGGAAAGAAAGAAGCAAAGAUUAAACUUUAAAAAUACCAAAAAUUUCCACUGUUUUUCCUCCUCUCUUCUACCAUAAUGUUUGUUUGUACACCAAAUUAAUUGCACUUUGCAAAAUCCCAUAAAUCAAAUCAAAUUUCCAAUCAAAAUCUUCUAAGUUAGAGAGAGGAGGAGAGAGUGUGUGUGUUUGUGAAGUGGGAGUGGUUAGAAAGAAUUUUGUACUCUCGUUGAAGAUUUCGAUCAAUUUUUUACCAAUUUGGUUUAAUCUUUGAAGUUGGAUUGAAAAAAGGGGAUUUUGGUUGUGUAGAAGUGUAAUCCUGGAAAACCCAUUUCUUGGAUUUUCAAAGUUUUCAUCUUUUUCCUGGAUUUUUGAGAGUAAAAGAUACUGGAGGUUGGUUAGGAUUGACAUGCUGAAUGUUGCUUCCGGUGAGUGGGUUAGGGAUGAAUUCUACAAUGGAUGACAUGAAUCUGAUUCAGCAGAGGCAUCAUUUGGUAGUUAGAGAACUUGGAGUAGGAGAAGAAAUCGACUUGGAAAUUGGUCCUGGGGAUGAUGAUCCAUCGUUUGCUAGUGCUGCUCUAAUAAGUGCGCCACGUGAGCCCUCGGUUGAUGAGCAGGAUGAGACUAAGCAAAUACAAAUUAUGCCAUCUCUCCAAGAUGACAAUCAAGAUUUAUCAAAAGGUCAGCCAUUGAAGAAAAAGAAAAAGGUUGUGAAACGAUGGAGAGAAGAAUGGGCUGAUACCUACAAAUGGGCAUAUGUCGAUGUCAAGGAUGGAACUGCAAGGAUCUUCUGUUCUGUUUGUCGAGAAUAUGGCAGGAAGCAUAGGAGGAAUCCCUAUGGAAAUGAAGGCAGUAGAAAUAUGCAGAUGAGUGCCUUGGAAGAACAUAAUAAUAGCUUGUUGCAUAAAGAAGCUGUUCGGCUACAAAUGGCUUCCAAGGAUAAGAUUGUUGUUGAUAAACCUAUGUAUGUUAAAGCUUUAAUGUCAAAAACAGCUGGAUCAAUUGUUGAAGCUGUAUUAAAAAGAGAUCCUCAUGAGGUGGAAUUUAUUCAGUCAGUACAAGAAGCAGUGCAUUCGAUUGAAAGAGUAAUUGGAAAGAAUUCACAUUAUGUUAAUAUAAUGGAACGUUUGCUUGAACCUGAACGUGCAAUUAUUUUUCGAGUUCCAUGGGUUGAUGACCGGGGUGAGACACAUGUUAAUCGAGGAUUUCGGGUGCAGUUUAAUCAGGCGUUAGGUCCAUGUAGGGGAGGAAUUCGUUUUCAUCCAUCGAUGAACUUAAGUAUCGCCAAAUUUCUUGCUUUUGAGCAGACUCUAAAGAAUGCUUUAUCACCAUACAAACUAGGAGGGGCGGCUGGUGGAAGUGACUUUGAUCCAAAAGGGAAAAGUGAUAAUGAGAUUAUGCGCUUCUGUCAAAGCUUUAUUAAUGAGCUGUACCGGUAUUUAGGGCCUGAUCAGGAUCUUCCUUCUGAAGAAAUGGGUGUUGGUGCUCGGGAGAUGGGUUAUCUUUUUGGGCAGUAUAGGCGCCUUGCUGGUCACUUUCAGGGAAGUUUUACAGGAUCACGGGUUUUCUGGUCUGGUUCUAGCCUACGAACAGAAGCUACUGGCUAUGGGCUGGUUUUCUUUGCCCAGCUCAUUCUAGGAGAUUCAAGCAGAGAAUUGAAGGGUUUAAGGUGUGUGGUAAGUGGCUCUGGGAAAAUCGCAUUCCAUGUCAUAGAAAAGCUUCUUGCUUAUGGCGCUGUUCCUAUCACAGUAUCAGAUUCAAAGGGCUAUUUGGUAGAUGAAGAUGGCUUUGACUUCAUGAAAAUUCAGUUUCUCAGGGAUAUAAAAGCUCAACAAAGAAGUUUGAGGGAUUAUUCUAAAACUUAUGCUCGAUCAAAGUACUAUGAUGAAGCAAAACCUUGGACUGAGAGGUGUGAUGUGGCAUUUCCUUGUGCUACACAAAACGAGAUAGAUCAAUCUGAUGCCAUAAGUUUGGUCAAUUCUGGUUGUCGUCUUCUAGUUGAAGGUUCCAUCAUGCCUUGCACCCCGGAAGCGGUUGAUGUCCUAAGGAAAGCCAACGUUGUAGUUGCACCAGCUAUGGCUGCUGGUGCUGGAGGGGUUGCUGCUGGAGAACUUGAACUAAAUCAUGAGUUCAAUCUAAUUCAAUGGUCCCCAGAAGACUUUGAAUCAAAAUUACAGGAUGCCAUGAAACAGACAUAUCAGAGAGCUUUAAAAGCAGCAACAGACUUUGGUUAUGAGAAAGAAAGUCCCGAGGUUCUGGUGUAUGGAGCUGCCAUUGCUGCAUUCCUAACUGUUGCACAAGGUAUGACUGAUCAAGGAUGUGUGUGAAGGACGACACAAACCGAGCUCAAGGUAUGACAUAUCAAGGAUGACUUGCCAUUUGCCCCAUAAUAGUGCUUAUAAUGCGCGUCUCCCGGCUAAUGUGCUGGUGUGAGAUUUUAUGGCCGAAUAUUCUCUCCACUCUCGAAGAAAGUGGUAGAAUCUUACAAAGUUACAAUCUGAUGCUGCAGCAAAUAUCCAGUGCUACAUCUUAGCACACUGUAGCGCAUGUGUAAUUGAUUAUAUAUAUAGUUACAAUCUCUUGGUAGAAUUAGGAUCUUGAAAAAUGAUCUGGGAGAUAUGUAUUACCAUUCUAGUCGAUAAAUAGCCUGCAAACUCCUUUUUUCUGGUUGUGUAAAUUGUGUACUGUGAUGUUAGCUGCAUUAGUUUGCAGGACAGAAAUGUAAAUUCUAAGUGGAUACAAGAAGUUGAUCAUUCUUUCUCCAAAUUGGU